UCUAAAACUGCAACAUAAUCUUUCAGUUUCUCUCCCCCUCCUCCUCUCGCUCUUACACUGAUAACAGAGGGCAAGGUCAUGAUCUGGGUCCGGUUAAUUCCACAACCAAGGUCAUGAUCUUCUAUUUUGUUGUCAGCCUCUGAGCCUUUUUACCUUGAGAGCUCCUUUCUAUAUCGUUAACAACCAGCUGAGUAUAGGCAACAAAGAAGAGAUUAUAUAUUUAGUUAAUUUCGAUACCCAUUUUUAGUUGUUGAUUUUGGGUUGAAAAAUACUAUGGCUAAAAGAUCUUUUAAACAUUUUGUGGAACAAGAACUGGGAAAGUUCCCACUCUUCCUGAUUUAUGCUGUACUCGAAUGGUUGUUGAUAAUUGGGCUUUUUAUUGAUGGGUUUCUUGCAUUUUUUGCUAAUGAAUUUGCUAGAUUCUUUGAGUUGGAAAUUCCUUGUUUGCUUUGCACAAGGAUUGAUCAUGUUCUGGUUCAUAGAGCUGCUAACUUUUAUUACAAUGAUUCUAUAUGUGAAUCUCACAAGAAGGAGGUUUCAUGUUUGGCUUUUUGUCACAACCACAAGAAGCUUUCUGAUAUAAGAAAAAUGUGUGAGACUUGCCUUCUUUCAUUUGCGACGGAGAAGGAAACUGAUGGCCAUACAUACAAGUCUCUUGUUGGGAUUUUGCAUAAAGAUAUUGAAAUGUUUGUUGAUAAUGAUCGAGAUCAUCAUUUCACUCUGCCUACUGGAAGAAAAGAUGAUUCGGUUCAGGCUGAGAAGAUCAUUCUCAAUAGAUGUUCAUGCUGUGGCGAGUCAUUGAAGGCCAAGUCCUAUUUUAAAGGAAAGGGAUGUAGCAUGGUUUCACAAGCUCCCACUCCUUCUCCAAGAGCUCCGUUUGCAAAUUUGAGAAAUGAGGAUCAUCGUAACAUGGAAUUACCUCACAUAAGAUACACAGAACUCAAGUUUUCAGAUAAUGAAUCUGAGCUACAUGAAGAUGAAGAUGGUCCCCAUACAUCACAUCUUGCUAGGGAAGAUGUGAAAGCUGCUACUGUGCCAUUGCUGCCAGAAGCUGAGGAUAUGAAUGAGGAUAGAACUCCUAUUUUUUCCAAAGGAAAUAGGUUUUUUGGAAUUCCACUAACAGAUUCAGCUAAUGCCAGCCCUAGGUGGACUACUAGGAUCCCAAGAAAGUCACUACUUGAAAAAACAGAAUUUGCUUCAGAGUACACGGAAGGCAGUGCACCAAGUGAAGCAGAUGGUGACUUGAUUUUGCACCAUAUGAAGGGACAGGCUCGAUUGGAUCGCAAGUCAUUGAUGGCUUUGUACAUGGAACUGGAUGAAGAAAGAAGUGCUUCUGCUGUUGCCGCUAAUAAUGCAAUGGCCAUGAUCACCAAGUUGCAGGCAGAGAAGGCAGCAGUUCAGAUGGAGGCCUUACAAUAUCAAAGAAUGAUGGAGGAGCAGGCAGAAUAUGAUCAAGAAGCCCUGCAAGCAACAAAUGAUUUACUUGCCAAGAGAGAGGAAGAUAUUACGGUUUUAGAGGCUGAACUUGACGAGUAUAGAGAAAGAUAUGGUCUCUUAAGAGAAGAAGGUUUCGAGGGAUCUGAAGAUGAGGGUUACCAGGACAUGAACUCACAAUCUUUCUCAUCCUAUACUGAAAAAUCUGAAUAUAUCAGCCCAGCCUAUUGUUUCACUGAUGGGUGUAUUAACCAAGAAAAUCUGCAUAGCAACAAUCAGUCUUCUUCUUUGUCGGAUGAGAAUGGAGAGGGGAACCCAGAAAAAUUACAUAAAGGGGGCAGAUCCUGCCGUCUAGGUGGGUUGAAAAACCUGGAUAAAAGAACACACAUUUCGUCAGAUGAUGGAGCUCCUUCCUCACAGGCCAGCUCUGACAAUGUUACCCGCAUGGAUGAAGAGACAGGACAAGAAAGCAAAUUAAUGAAAGAACUGUUGCAUCUUCAUGAGCGGGUGAAGGCCCGUGAAGCAGAUGAUGAAUUCUCAAAGCACGCUGGUUAUACAAUUCAGAAUGAUAGUGAAAGAGAAAAAUUGUUGACAGAGAUAUGUGAUAAUCUUCAGAAGCUUCGUCAGUUUAUCACAUUGCCCUUUGAUGAUGACUAUGAUGCUUGAUUCUCUUGCUGGUCAGUUUCAUGUUUUCCCUUUUUCUUGUUAGGAUGUAUAUACAACUAAUGCAAAAUGCUGGAAGAGGUUGGAUUUCUGGCUUUGAAGCUUAGUGGACAUCUUAGCUAUUACUGGCUUCGAUUGUCGUGUUUUGCAUUCCAUGUUCUUCUCAGUCGACAUUCAUGAGGCGCUAAGAGAUAAUUGGUGAUGUCAGGGAAGCUAGGGAAGAAGAAGCAAGGGUCUUCAUAAUUGAUGAGCAAACUCCAAGAGUACUGGAUAGCCUCAGCCAUAACUGUAUUUUUCAACCGCAUUAUUGUAAUGCAGUUUUCCUUUUUUCAAUUUUUAAUCCAGUUAAUUCAAAAAAAUUUCUCAAAAUAUAAUUUUAUGCUUGUGACUUCUGCGCUUGCUGUCAGUACAAGGGUAAAGGCGGGAAAAAAGGGGCAGCUGAAAUGAACGAAGUUCUUAAACCAGAGAUUUAAAAUAUUGAAUGUGUUUUCAAUCGAAUUGAAGUUGUGGGCAAUAAAUUGAAUUGAAUAUGUUUAAAAACUAUGAAAUUAUAUGAAAGAUGGACGAAUUUCAAAUCAGCUAACAGCAGAGGAUGCAAUGGUUAGAGGACAGUUUCCAUCUAUCCAUUCAGACUGCAUCCCACUAGCUGCUUGCUAUCAUUACAAGAGAAUGUUCUCCGAGGCAAUGUAACAAUUUUGAACAAUUUAUCCAUUUGAUAAUAUAA